UUCAUGGCGAAUGUAGAAAAUGUGCGGUUAGGGUACAGAUGAACGGAUUUAAUCGCGACUAGAGAAAAACGCUUGUCGAUUCCGCCAUCGCACGAUAGUCAAAGUCCUCUGUAGUUCCCAAUCCUACACCAUCAUUUACCAUGGGCGGUGCAGUCAGUGCCGGAGAGGACAACGACGAACUGAUCGACAACCUGAAGGAGGCGCACUACAUCCGUUCAGAGCUGGUGGAAAGGGCCUUCCGAGCCAUCGACCGUGCAGACUACUACCUGGAGGAGUACAAGGACAGUGCUUACAAAGACCUGGCCUGGAGGCACGGCAACCUCCACCUGUCCGCUCCCUGCAUCUAUUCAGAGGUAAUGGAAGCACUGGAGCUUCAGCCAGGCCUUUCAUUCCUCAAUCUGGGCAGCGGAACAGGCUACCUCAGCACCAUGGUGGGCCUCAUACUGGGUCCAUUCGGGGUGAAUCAUGGUGUUGAGCUGCAUGCAGAUGUGGUGGAGUACGCCUACCAAAAACUCGACUACUUCAUCAAAACCAGUGACAGCUUUGACAAGUUCGAAUUUUGCGAGCCAACGUUUGUGGUGGGGAACUGUUUGGAGAUUCCUCCAGAGAGUCGGCAGUAUGACAGGGUAUACUGCGGGGCCGGGGUGCAGAAGGAGUACGAGAACUACAUGAGAAACCUGCUGAAAGUUGGAGGAAUCUUAGUGCUCCCCCUGGAGGACAAGCUUACCAAAAUCACCCGAACCAGUCAGAAUUCCUGGGAGACAAAGAAAAUAAUUGCAGUGACCUUUGCACCUCUGGUGCAGCCUAAGCAAAGCAUUAACGAAAGAGGCAAAAGCGUACCACUGCCUAUCUUCGAGGUGCGAGCGCUGCAGGAUCUGGCCCGCCUAUCCAUCCGGCACAUUUUGCGCCAGCCCUCAGAGCUGACAGAAGUUCGUUCCAAGCGGCACGUGUCAUUCCCCGGAGCUCGGGCCAUGCACCGGUACGGGCCUCGCUUCGAGCGGCGCCGGUUCUGUCGCCGCUUCUACCGCCAGUGCGUCAACUCCACCAUCGCCCACGAUUCAAUAACGCCCAGCGCCGCAGACGAUUGCGCGUACCAGGGUGGAGUGGAAGAGGAGGAGGAAGAAGAGGUGGAGGAGGAAAUGAUCUGCAACCGGACAUCGGCGGACCUGCCGGAAGAGGACGAGGACGAGGACGAGGAGGAAGACGGCACUGCCGGCGAUCAUGAGGAAAAGAUCAAGAAAGCGGAACCGCCCGUCAACAUCCUGAGGCAGAGGAUCCUGGGACUGCCCCUGCCUGAGCCGCUUAAAAUGUAUCUCCUUUAUUUUCGCGACAAGUAAAUUUCUAAAACUCAAGACUCCUAACCUGAUGAGCUAGGCUUGAACUAAAAUCCGUUCUGUUAUUGAGAAGCAAACCAGCCUGAUUCUGAUUGCAUGAAACCAUGGAUGAAAAAAAUGAUAUGGGUUUUUAAUAACGGACUUGUUGGAGCUCAUUUUUCACUACCUUUGGAAUUGGAAAUGGACAUUUUUCUCUGACUUUAGAAAACCCCUUCAUCACCCAAGCUUUAAUGAUCAAACACAAGUAAUGACUUUAAGACGCAGGUGGACAUUAUCUGCAAUAUAGACUGAAGCUUCAGAAUUAUUGGGACUCUUGGUAGAUGGGUUAACAGGUUAUGAAAGUGUUUAUUUGUGGUUCUUCCCUUUCUCUCCCGACUUUUAGCGCAUCCAACUGCCCGAUUGCGUCAUGCAUCCUCUCCACUGAUUGAGGAGAACGUAGCUAACGCCCCCUCCGACACGUGGGCAGCAACCAUAUGCAUUUUGUCACCUACACCAGGCUGCGGACCUGCUCUGUGUACGGAUAGACACACCCUGAUCCGCACUCUCUCCCCGUCUCUGUGCAGGCGCCAUCAAUUAGCCAGCAGAGGUCGUAGUUGCAUCAGUCCCUAUCCGGCUUGAUACCCCACCCCUAUAUGAACAACAGGCCAAUCGUUGUUCAUGUGUUUGCUCAGCCCAGCCGACAGACUCGAGAUCCCAGCUCUGGUGUGCUAGCGCGUCUUUUUACCGCUGUGCCACCUCUCGUACAUUUAUUUACUAGUAAAUAAAUACACUGGUAUCAAUGAGUAAACUGUGUUUGGGGCUGAUAAGCCUGAUAAGCUAAUUUAUUCUCCUAAUGGAAAGCACUACUGUAUAAAGAAUGAACUAUUCAAUAUGGUAAUUAAAUAGAGAGCAAAUGUACAAAAAAGCUCAUGCAAAAUAGGCCAGCGGUUAAGGUACUGGACUAGUGACCAGAAAGUUGCUGGUUUAAACCCACCCAUGCUUGACCUCUAAACAAAGUCCUGAAUAGUAUUGAGUGAAUUUAAAAUUCAACUUUGAAACAAUACCCUGAUUUUGAACAAAUGUACUAUGGGAUCAAAAAGGGGAAAAAAUAAACGAAGACCACCUUGCAUGGUUACUAUUUUUUUAACUAUACAAUUAAUGACAUCUAAGUUAAACACAACUAUAGGCGGCUCAGGUGGCGCAGCAGUUAAACACACGUUUAAACACACAUAUAGGGGUGUGGGAGUAGUAAGCCGGAUAGGGUCUCCUCGUAACUGAUGCAACUACGACCUCUGCACAGGGGUGGGGAAGGAGUGCAUUGAUCAGGGUGUGUCUCUCCGUACACAGGGCUGAUCCGCAUCAGCACUAGCCUAGUGUAAGAGUACCAGUGUAAGAGUAAGCUAAUUAACAACAAAGAUUGUGUUUUUAUAACGUUUUUACCUGUCUUAACCAAGAGUACCCCUGAAUCUGGAUCUGAUUGUAAACAGCGGUAAAACACACGCUAGCACACGGGAGCCGGGAUCUCGAAUACAUCGUAUCGAAUCUCAGCUCUGUCAUCCUGCUGGGCUGAGCAGCCACAUGAACAAUGAUUGGCCUGUUGUUCAUAUAGGGGUGGGGUAGUAGUAAGCCGGAUAGGGUCUCCUCGUAACUGAUGCAACUACGAUCUGUGCACAGGGGCGGGGAAGGAGUCACUCGCCUAGUGCAGGUGAAAAAAUGCAUACGGCUGCUGCCCGCAUGUCGGAGGGGACGUGGGUUAGCUUCGUUCUUCUCAAUCAGAACAGGGAUCGGCAUUAGUGGAGAGGAAGCAUGAUGCAAUCGGGCAAUUGGACGCGCUAAAAAGUCGGGAGAAAAUGCAUAAACAAAAUACAACAACAAAACCCACCCAAACUAUAAACUGGGAGCAAAAGUCAACCUAUGAUCAUGUUACAUUUAUUUGUACCUGGUUUUAAAAUGAAUAAAUCCGGCUGGGCUGAGCAGCAACAUGAACAACGAUUGGCCUGUUGUUCAUAUAGGGGUGGGGUAGUAGUAAGCCGGAUUGGGUCUCCUCGUAACUGAUGCAACUACGACCUCUGUACAGGGGCGGGGAAAGAGUACACAGGGCUGAUCCGCAUCAGCACUCGCCUAGUGCAGGUGAAAAAAAGCAUACGGCGUGUCGGAGGGGGCGUGGGUUAGCUUCGUUCUCCUCAAUCAGAGCGGGGAUCAGCAUUAUGCAAUCGGGCAAUUGCAUAGACACAUGCUAGCACACCAGAGCUGGGAACUCGAAUACAUCGUAUCGAGUCUCAGCUCUGCCUGCUGGCUGGGCUGAGCAGCCACAUAAACAACGAUUGGCCUGUUGUUCAUAUAUGGGCGGGGUAUUGAGCCAGAUAGGGGACUCUCUCACGACUCCUGUGAGAGUCGUGCAUAAACAGAAUACAAAAAAAAACACCCAAACUAUAAACUGGGAGCAAAAGUCAACAUAUGAUUGUGUUAUAUUUAUUUGUACCUGGUUUUAAAAUAGUGAAGAUAAAUAAAAAAAUGUCUUGUCAGUGUAAGAGUAAGCUAAUUAACAACAAAGAUCGUGUUUUCAUAACCUUUUUUACCCGUCUACCAAGAGUGCCAGUGAAUCUGGACCUUAUUUGUAAGAGUGUGAUGCAGUGACAAGAAUGGGAACAUUGUUUGGAUGGAUUAAGGUACACCUGUACUCCGUAUUAUCUACAGAGGGCCGACGUGGCUGAUCAGCAGUUUAAAGACAAAGAUGCAUCAUUUGUAGCUCUUGCCUGCUUAGUGUUAAAACCCUGAAGCCAUGUUGGCCCUUUAGUGAAUCAGACUGAGUACCAGGACAGUAGAACUUUGUAUAUUUUUCUAUGGCUUUCUGAAAGACUAUGUUUGAACAGCUUUUUUUGUCUAUUGUAUUUCAUUAUAUAAGGUACUGAAUGCUGUUUGCAUGUGUAGUGCUACUCUAGUGCAUCUGCAUUUUGUCGUGCCGACGUGUUCAACGCUUUACGUUCUGUAAGGCUAUCGGGAAAGAGGAAAUUAGACGUGGACUACUUGUAAAGAUGUGCAACAUCACAAUUAAAUAAAUAGUGUAUUGUAUCUUUAGAUAUAA